AAUACAAAAUAGAAAGUGAAAAAGAAAAGAGAGAGGUAAGGGGCAGAGAGAGAGAGGGAAAUGGGGGAGGAAGGCGAGGGACAUUGGGAGAGUAGCGAAGGAUGGAUUGAUUGAAACUUAAAGAUAGCUAGAAGCUUAUGUUUUUAAGAUAAACUUUAUCAGUAUUAGUUUUGUCCAUUAUUUUGAUCAAUUUUUAAUUUUUUUUGCAAACCCCUACUCUAGGUUACCAAACACUACACGUACGUAUGAAGAUUUUUCUUUUUAGCAUGUGACAUGUCAGUUAACAAUUGCCAAAAAGUACUAAAAGAAUCUUCUACCAUCUCACCAUUUGCAGCCCACCCAUUCUUCUUGAAACUCCAAUCUUCUCGUUCGUACAAUAAAAUACUAACAAUUCUUUCAUUUCUAUAUAUAGUAAUAAUAAAAUAAUAUAUAGUAAGUAUGUUAGGCAUCACAUGCUAUUCAACUUCCACCAUCCAAUCCCUGAAUCCCACGUGUCCCUAUUCUUCCUCCUCCAUUAUCUCCACUUUCCAUAGACCUCAGAUUCACAGUAUCAGUCAAAGUACAAGACCAAGAAUCCUUACUAUUAGUAAUUCAAGAAGAAGGAGAAGAAUGGCUAGUGCUACUGCAGUGAAUGCUGGGUCGUCACCAUCAGUACAAGCAGAAGUUGGAAUACAGAAUCAACAAGAGUUGAAAAAAGGAAUAGCUGAUUUAUAUGAUGAGUCUUCUGGUAUUUGGGAAGAUAUAUGGGGUGACCAUAUGCAUCAUGGUUAUUAUGAACCUAACUCAUCUGUUGAACUUUCUGAUCAUCGUGCUGCUCAGAUCCGUAUGAUUGAACAGGCUCUUAAGUUUGCUGAUCUUAAUGAAGAUCCAGCAAAGAAACCAACGUCCAUAGUUGAUGUUGGAUGUGGCAUAGGAGGCAGUUCUAGGUACCUUGCAAAGAAAUAUGGCGCUACGGCUAAAGGUAUCACCUUGAGUCCUGUACAAGCAGAGAGGGCCCAAGCUCUUGCUGCUGCUCAGGGAUUAGGGGAUAAGGUUUCUUUUCAAGUUGCAGACGCUUUGAAUCAGCCAUUUCCAGAUGGGCAAUUUGACUUGGUUUGGUCGAUGGAGAGUGGAGAACACAUGCCGGACAAAGAAAAGUUUGUUGGCGAAUUAGCUCGAGUGGCAGCACCAGGAGGCACAAUCAUCCUUGUCACAUGGUGCCACAGGGAUCUUUCCCCUUCAGAGGAAUCUCUGACCCCAGAGGAGAAACAGCUGUUAAAUAAAAUAUGUAAAGCCUUCUAUCUUCCGGCAUGGUGUUCCACUGCUGAUUAUGUGAAGUUACUUCAAUCUAACUCUCUUCGGGAUAUCAAGGCAGCAGAUUGGUCUGAGAAUGUUGCUCCCUUUUGGCCUGCAGUUAUAAAAUCAGCACUGACAUGGAAGGGCUUCACAUCAGUUCUACGCAGUGGAUGGAAGACGAUUAAAGCUGCACUGGCAAUGCCACUGAUGAUCGAAGGAUACAAGAAAGGUCUCAUCAAAUUUGCCAUCAUAACAUGUCGAAAACCUGAAUAGUAAAUUCUUUGCUUGGCUACUGAUUAAUAAACAUUGAUGGAUCUUGGAAGAAAAAUAAACUAUCUAUUAGGCCAGGAAAUGCAACAUUAAAUGGGUGACAAAUCAAAAUUAAUUAUAUAAAACAUUGUACCUACUGUAGUACUAGGUUAUGUUGCUCGGACUUUUCAAAAAUAUUGACAAGUGCUUGUCGGAUAAUUUUUGAAGGAUCCAACACAGAUACGAUAAUAUUCUUGGAGAGUCCGAGCAACUUAGGUACUAGGAUGAUCCAUUUGACUUACUAUAUGAAGUCUUGAAAGACUUUCAAAAAAUUUAUAUAACUUAUUAUAUGUUUUAGUCAUGUGAUUUACAUUAUUAUGUUUUA